AUGGAUGACAUUGCCGACCUCGUCCUCACCCCAUUCAGGGACAUUGUCGAGAAGGGGAGGACAGCCGUUCAGAAUGCGGGUGACACACAGCCAAUGCUCAAGGCUUCCCAGGCCUUGCUCAAGGAGGGCGAGCGUGCUCUCAAGAAGAUAGAGCCGCUAUGUAAGAAACAAUUUGACGAUUAUGGGCCAAACUUUAUCGCAGCAUUGAGAGACGAUGACGACUUUGAUGCUGCCAAGUUCACCGAGCUGCAGAUGCAAUCGCGUACGGCAGCUCCAAAGAUUUAUGACAUCUUGUUGAAGAUGAAGCUCGAGGCACCAGUCCAGUUCAACUCUCAGCACUUCAUGUCCCAGCUGUCUCCCCCUUCAUCGCCUCACCCCAUGCCGACUAUGCUCAUGCCGCAGAUGCCGCCGACGCCUUCAGUUACUGGCUCCAGCUAUGCCGGCAGAGACUCUGUGUCGAGCUCCAAAACCGACAGCAGGUCCGUCGGGGAUGCAGCUCCCGCUGAGACUGCCAACGAGCAGUUGAGAGUGCUGCUCGACAAGGCAUUCAACACGAGUAACAAUACCAAUAGCAUCGAUCUCAUGUCUCCCCCGAUGCCACCUCCAGACAGGGCGUUGCCUAUGCCCCCGCCACCACCUCCGGCGGCAGUGGAUCAAUUACCUCCACGACCGCCGUCGACCAACCCGUGGGACAUUAGAGUCAAGACUGUUGCCUCUGAUGAUGAACGGCCACUGCGAGACGGCCCUCAAGCGCGCCGACGACCACCAGUCGAUCCAGCGCUCCAGACGCCGGUUGAUGGCCAAUCACCAAACAGUCCAUUCACUUCUGCAAAGAACUUUUCGGUUCCGCGAUCCAACUAUUCAGAUAGCACUCGCAGCUCAUCAUUGAUGCCAGACAGCGCUCGCAGCUCGGGAUUAUUGCAAGAGUAUACUCUUGACGGAGACCUCAAGCACUCGUCUCUUACCAGCCAAUUGACAGACUACAGCAUGAGUCCCACCCAGGUCUCGCGACCACGAGCACCGAGCAGUACUACUAGUUAUAGCGCGAGCACCCCAACCAUACCUGAAGAAAUGUCGCGAGAAAAGGCCAUCAGAGCGAGGAGUACUUCACGACCCCGUGCCGUCAUGUAUUCGCCAAUGCCGUAUCGAUCACAGCCAAGGCCACGUCAGCCCUCAUAUCCGACUACUGCCGAGGAGCGCGUGGAGGACGUGAAGCCUGGUCCCCGGAGUGAUUCGCUCAGUGAUGCUGCACAACCUCCCAUCUCUGAGCGAAGGUUGUCAGACGCCGAGAGUUUGCUGGAUCCAAACCCCCUUCCGGUCAGUACAAGGCCGCCUGCCUACGAUAGGCGGCCAAGUGCUGUCAAUACCGAGCAACAAACGCAGCAACAAACGCAGCAACAGCCUCUGUCAGGCCUCGAACUCGCUCGUCGCAGCACAGGCCUGACCGCAAAUGAGAACCUAGACAGCGGCUUGAUCCCGGGGUUUUCUAUUACAGCUGUUGCUGCCAAGUGCACGCACUGCUUAUACGAGCUGGACUUUAAGCAUGUUGAAUAUGAUCUCAACAAACAAGAGGAGGGUAACUACACCAAGAAUGGCAUCGGAUACCGCCUGCGCUUUUUGCAGAAGAGCCAUUUGCACGCAAAGCGGAUUGACGACGUCAUGUAUGCAUGUGUCUUUUGUAUCCAUACCAGCCGAACUCUCGACCAGAGCGACUCAACUGUUUUCACAUCGACCGCCGCAUUGUUUGCCCAUUUGGCUCGCCACCCUCGGCCGCUUCCCGAUGUUCCUGGCAUUGCCGUGGUAGACCAGACUGAGGUUCCGCCUCAUUUGGUCAAUGACUACGAUCUUUUGUUUAACAGCCCGCCUGAGCCUCAUCCGGUACGCGAAAGGGCGGCAGAACUUGCUCACCUUCCCACUGGCCAUGCAAAGGAGUCGGCUAGAAGACUAUUUGGCCAAAGACUGCUCCCUGACAGGACGCCAGCUUUGGAACUGAUUCAAGGCGCAAAGAUUACCGGACUGACGUGGCCCGCUCGAUAUGGAGGAGAAUGGGCUUUUGGAUGGCAUGAUGGUGUAUUUGCAUCGAUCCCUGUCGAAAUCUUAAAGCUGGAUCGGCCUCCUUUCAGCCAAAUUAAGAGAAACAACUCAAGUCGCGUUCGAGCUAAAGCCAGGUGGAAGUUUUCGGUCAAGGAAAAGAAUGAAGACUGGCUCAAGUUUGACAAGGACGAAGUCAUUACCAACAUAAGCUGGCCAUAUCCCGAGUAUUGGUGCUGGUCAGGCACAAACGCAAAAGGCAAAUGGGGAGUCUUCCCUCAAGCUUUCCUUGACCCAAACUCACUGCAGGAGAUAUCUUCCAUGAUUGGCUCAGACCGGUCCAGCAUUCUCAGUAACGAGAAGAACAAAUCGAGCACCAUGCUGCCGAGCUUUUCCACACGGAGCAAGAAUGGACGCCCACCUAGCGUUGCCGGAUCGACAAGCAGUGGAGAA